UCAGCAGCAGCAGGCAGCUCGUUACGUCACCGGCGCCAUAUUAAAGAUUUGCUGCUGUUUUCUGUCUCCAGCUGGACUCAGAGAGACCCGAGAGUAGCAAACAUACAUUCACCAUGGAAAUCGACACACUUCUGGGAGCCUUUAGAGAUUUCGAGAAGAAAGGAGAAAAGGAAACAUGCCCAAUCUUGGACCAGUUUCUGUCCCAUGUUGCAAGAACAGGAGAGACCAUGAUUCAGUGGUCUCAGUUUAAAAGCUACUUCCUCUUCAAACUAGAGAAAGUGAUGGAUGAUUUUAUAGCUUCGUGUCCAGAGCAACGAGGACCUGCCAAUCCAAACGUAGAGUACAUUCCCUUUGAAGAGAUGAAGCAGAGGAUUCUCAAAAUUGUCAAUGGAUACAACGGGAUUCCUUUCACUAUUCAGCGUCUUUGUGAGCUUCUUACUGAGCCAAAAAGAAACUACACAGGAACAGACAAGUUCCUCAGGGGCGUGGAGAAGAAUGUGAUGGUGGUCAGUUGUGUGUAUCCUACCUCAGAGAAAAAAGGGUCAGGUUGUGUGAGAAGAAUGAAUGGGGUCAUGUUUCCUGGCAACACUUCAGCUUUUCCUGAUAGAAAUGUGAAUGGUCCAGGAACACCCAGGCCACUGAACAGAACAAAACUCUCCCUGUCCUGCAGUGUAGCUACCAACGGCAUUCCUGACAGCACAGAAAACAAAGAAAAAGCUUCCGAGUCAUCAGAGAGAACAGCCAAUGAGUCUUCGGAAUCAGAAGGUACACACAGUGGUCCGGUGAAGAGUAAACAUCGUGAAGAUGAUGAGACGAAUGCUGAGAUGCACGAAGCAAAGAGGCUCAAGUUUGAUGAAGAGGACGAUGAUGAAGAUGGAAUAGAGAAAGAGCAGGAGGGAAAGGAUUCGCCCUGCACGUCAGUCGCAGAGAGCUCAUCGGAUGUGCCGGAGCCCACGUCAGACGUCAGUGCAGAAGUGAAGGAUAAUAAACCUGAUGAAUUCAGCACUGAAGACCAAGAACCCUCUAGCACACAAUCAGAGUCCCUUGAAAAUGGGGUUGACAAAUCUGCUUGUGAAGAUUCACCCAGCCCUUCCCACAGUCAGGAGACUGGCAGUGAAUUAGACCUACCAGAGGAGCAGCAGCCAGAGAGUGUUGAGAGUGCAGAAGCUCUGGAAACAGAGGAGAGAAAUGACCCAGUGAGCAGUAGCAGCAAUAAUAGCAGUGACGAGGGAGUGUCCAGUGCGGACACUCCAUCUGCAAGUCCCAGCAGUUCCACAGAGCUGCCAGCAGAGGGCAGUAGCUCUGCAGACAUCAGUUCAGACAGCUCAGAGACUGCGGAUGACAACAUGGAGCAAGACUGAAGUACAGCCCCAUGUCCUUGAUUUUUACAGUGCACUGUACAAAUCCCCAAAUCACUGAUCCUGCAGCAUAAGCAGAUCCAGAACAGGACAGGAGGGCAUUCUACUGGCAUCCCUUAAGACCUCUUUUGACAGAUUUCCUUUUUAUGACCCUUCUGUAUAUAGAUUCUUUGAAGAACACCAUGAAAAAACUGGAAGCUCACCUUUUCUGUGGUUUAGUGGAGCGGUUGCCAUUGAAUGACACGAAAGCCUUCUGUCCAUGGCGGUUUUCUGUAAUCCUGUUCUAAUCAUGGGCAUUCAUCAAUACCACAUCAACACCUUCUAAAGCUGUCUGGAAAAUACCUUUCACUUCACCAACAAUAUCUUUACCACUCUUCUAAGCGUGAAAAUGUGGCAAAGGUGUCCUGUCAAUGAGAUCCCAGGUCCCAGGAUUCCCUUUUACUGGCAGAGCAGAGUCUAAACAUUCCAAAAGAACACACUUUUUCUUAUAAUGUCUUCUGCAUUUAUCUACUCGCUUGUGGCACAAAGUGCUCAAGCAGCAUUAUACAGAUAUCCUUUAUUUCUUCUCUCCUUGCAAAUUUUGUGUUAACAUUUAUUUUUAGAACCUUUGAUUUUAACUGCCUUCCCAGUGUUUCACUGAAAAUGAUUUAAUCCACUGAUGCAGGUAAAUGGAUUAUAAAAUUGACUAAUGUAAUUUUCCAUGCAUUAGAUACUUGAGUGCUGUUGGUUGCGAUGUAAUGCUGAUUUAAUGUAGUGAGCCUGUCUUUUCAAACAAGACAUAAUGUGCUUAACCAAUAUUGAGCCAUCCUUAUUUGUUGUAAGCUUUUCAUUUUCUUUUUCACCAGGAAAUGGCAAACAGUUGUAUAAAGGUUAAAAUAAGCAACACUUUGUCAACACCAACAUCUCUUACAACUGUAUGCUUCUUACAGACAUGUAUACAGGCUGCCCAGCCCUUACCUAUUUCCACAGCUCCUUUUUGAUAUUUAGAAUUUUUAAAUUAAAGUAGAUUUUGUAGAUUGUAAUAAGUGUUCACUGCUUUUGUGAAAAGUGAAAUUGUAUGAUAUCCAUGUGAACUGAAUGCUUGGGCUUUGAACAGUAUUCCUGAAGAGCAAUAAAAGUUCACAUUAAAAGCA